AGGCUGCGAACGGAACGGCGAGAGCCUCGUCACUUCGAGCUCCAGAGUACAUUGCGUGUGUGACGUUGAGGCAGAGGAGUAGCAAGGAGUUUUUCUUUUGGCGGGAGUGGAAAUGACAGUAUCUUUUUUGAGUAAGGAAUUAGGUUAAGGCACGACCACAACUAACGAAAACGCACUCUAAUCGAGUUCAUUUGUUUGAGAUCGGUUUGGUACCUGGCGUUAAAAAGAAUUCUCGUAUCAAUAUAGUCCCAGUUCAUUCCUGUCCGCGUGAGAAAAAAAGAGUACCUGCCUUUGCCGAGCAGGCGAUCACGAACCAAUCCUAGGCCUUUUCCUCGUCUGCGUCGCCGACAGUCCCGAAAAAGCGCCAACAGAGAGCGAAACGAGAUCCCUCCCACGAAACAUCCCGAAACGAAAAAAUGCCCUUCGAGAAAAACGACGCCCACGACCUCCUCCCUCCUCAUACGACCUCGACACCACGCCCAACGAAGGAGCGACACGCCUAUUCCCCUGAUGCCACAGCGAAGAGAGACGUCUGGGCGUGGCAGAGACCCCAAGGAGGAGGGUCCAGCGACGUCGAACCCCGCCCCGCGCGACACCGAGGAGGACGUGAGGGCGCGCUGGUCCUGGUCGCCCUCCUGCUGCUGGCCAGGCCUCUGCUCGCUCGCGCCGGGAGAGAGCGGCUGCUGACGUGCGUCUGCAACACGAAGGAGUGUCAGCACGAAGGCACCGCCACCUGCCGCACGAAGGCCCACUGCUACUCUCAGCGGUGGGAUCAGCGUGAUGAUUCGCAGCCCAUCGUCAGAGGCUGCAUGGCUGCUGGUUCCCUCUUGUGCAUGAACCAGCGCCCGAGAGGUCAUAACGGGUCAUGGCCCUUCCUGAACUGCUGCGAUACACACAAGUGCAACCGGGACGUGUCGCCCACUCUGCCGUCGAACGUCCUGACCCUCGCGCGUCGCCAGGAAGCUGUUACUCAGAGUCAGCCCAAUUCCCUGGAGCGCCUCGGAGUGUCCAGCGUCGAGGAAUUCCGCAAGAAGUAUGACCAGGGCAGCCCCGAGUGUGACCAGUCCAAGCUCACCAUGUUGUACCUCGGCGUGACCGGGGCCGCCCUCAUCCUCAUGGUCAUCAUCACGGUGGUGGGGUCCUUCAUCCUUCUGAGUUAUAGACGGAAGUAUGUCCGAGCCCCCUGUGGUCCCCCGGAGACCCCCCGUGAGAAGAACCAUCAUAUACCGCUGUUCCUUCAGACAAAUGCCUAGCGUCUGUUGCAGUUUUCGGCUUCCCUUGAAUCGGCUAGUCUUAACACUCCAUUUGAAUUCUGCUUUCUCUUAGGCACUGCAGAGAUGCAUAUUAUUAGUAAAAGUUCCUAUUAAUGAUAAUGAUAAGAAAUGAGAAGGUCCAUGCUAAUGAAUGGUUUAUUUGUAGAUAUAUUUUAUACUGAAUAGUUGAUGAGUACAAAUCUGUGUGGUGUGUUUUUAGAAAAGAAAUGUGCUUUAUUAAAAUGGUAGAUAUGCAA